GAGGCGGGGGAAGAGACGCUUGGGGCUGGAGCGAACCGGACGGGUCGCUCUCCCAGGAGAGGAGCUUCCCGGCCCGGGAGAAGGGGCGAGUCCCACGCGAUCCUCCGGGAAGCGCCGCGCGCUCGAGAGGAACGGUCGAGCUUCCCCGGCCCGCGGAGGGCUCGGCGCCGGGCUCCCCUCCUUUCCACCUCGGGAGUAAGAGAGGGAGGGAAGGAGGGGAGGGGAAGGUCCCACGGAGGAGGCAGAAUGGCCGGUCGAGGGGGGCUUUGGCGCUGCUUUUCCCUGGAGCUGCCUCCACUCCUGCGGCUGCCGCGAGGGCUGGCCUGAGCCAAGUCUCCGCGCUCUCUCGUGCGAGCCAGCGCGGCCCCCUGGGGCCAGGGCAGCAGCGCCGGCAUGUCGUCCGGCACCAUGAAGUUCAAUGGCUAUUUGAGGGUCCGCAUUGGAGAGGCGGUGGGGCUGCAGCCAACCCGCUGGUCCCUGCGCCACUCGCUCUUCAAGAAGGGCUACCAGCUGCUGGACCCCUACCUGACAGUGAGCGUGGACCAGGUACGCGUGGGCCAGACCAGCACCAAGCAGAAGACCAACAAACCCACGUACAACGAGGAGUUCUGCGCUAACGUCACCGACGGCGGCCACCUUGAGCUGGCUGUAUUCCACGAGACACCCCUGGGUUACGACCACUUUGUGGCCAACUGCACCCUGCAAUUCCAGGAGUUGCUGCGCACGGCCGGCACCUCGGACACCUUCGAGGGCUGGGUGGAUCUGGAGCCUGAGGGGAAAGUAUUUGUGGUAAUAACCCUCACAGGAAGUUUCACUGAAGCCACUCUCCAGAGAGACCGAAUCUUCAAACAUUUUACCAGGAAGCGCCAAAGGGCUAUGCGAAGGCGGGUCCACCAGAUCAACGGACACAAGUUUAUGGCCACAUACCUGAGGCAGCCCACCUAUUGCUCUCACUGCAGAGAGUUCAUCUGGGGAGUAUUUGGGAAACAGGGUUAUCAAUGCCAAGUGUGCACCUGUGUCGUCCAUAAACGCUGCCAUCAUCUAAUUGUUACAGCCUGUACUUGCCAAAACAAUAUCAACAAAGUGGAUUCAAAGAUUGCUGAACAGAGGUUUGGAAUCAACAUCCCACACAAAUUCAGCAUCCACAACUACAAAGUGCCAACGUUUUGCGAUCACUGUGGCUCCCUGCUCUGGGGCAUAAUGCGACAAGGACUUCAGUGUAAAAUAUGUAAAAUGAAUGUACAUAUUCGAUGUCAAGCAAAUGUGGCCCCUAACUGUGGGGUAAAUGCGGUGGAGCUUGCCAAGACCCUGGCAGGGAUGGGUCUCCAGCCUGGAAAUAUCUCUCCAACCUCGAAACUUGUUUCUAGAUCGACCCUAAGAAGACAGGGAAAGGAUGGCACCAAAGAAGGAAAUGGGGUUGGGGUUAAUUCUUCCAACCGAUUUGGUAUCGACAACUUUGAAUUCAUCCGAGUGUUGGGGAAGGGGAGUUUUGGGAAGGUGAUGCUUGCAAGGAUAAAAGAAACAGGAGACCUCUAUGCCGUGAAGGUGCUGAAGAAGGACGUGAUCCUCCAGGAUGACGAUGUGGAAUGCACCAUGACUGAGAAGAGGAUCCUGUCUUUGGCCCGCAAUCACCCCUUCCUCACCCAGUUGUUCUGCUGCUUCCAGACCCCUGACCGUCUGUUUUUCGUGAUGGAGUUUGUGAAUGGCGGAGACUUGAUGUUCCACAUUCAGAAGUCCCGGCGUUUUGAUGAGGCACGGGCUCGUUUCUAUGCUGCGGAGAUCAUUUCUGCACUCAUGUUCCUACAUGAAAAGGGAAUCAUCUAUCGAGAUCUGAAACUAGACAACGUGCUGUUGGACCAUGAGGGUCACUGUAAACUGGCAGACUUCGGAAUGUGCAAGGAGGGGAUCUGUAAUGGCGUCACCACAGCCACGUUCUGUGGAACACCUGACUACAUUGCUCCAGAGAUCCUCCAGGAAAUGCUGUAUGGGCCUGCCGUGGAUUGGUGGGCCAUGGGCGUGUUGCUCUACGAGAUGCUCUGCGGUCAUGCACCCUUUGAGGCUGAGAAUGAAGACGACCUCUUUGAGGCCAUCCUGAAUGAUGAGGUGGUCUACCCUACCUGGCUCCAUGAAGAUGCCACAGGGAUCCUAAAAUCUUUCAUGACCAAGAACCCCACCAUGCGCUUGGGCAGCCUGACUCAGGGAGGAGAGCAUGCUAUCUUGAGACAUCCUUUCUUUAAGGAAAUUGACUGGGCCCAACUGAACCAUCGACAACUGGAACCACCCUUCCGACCCAGAAUCAAAUCCCGAGAGGAUGUCAGUAAUUUUGACCCUGACUUCAUAAAAGAAGAGCCAAUUUUAACUCCCAUCGAUGAGGGACACCUGCCUAUGAUUAAUCAGGAUGAGUUUAGAAACUUUUCCUAUGUGUCUCCAGAAUUGCAACCUUAGCCCUAUGGGGAAAGAGAGAUGGUGUGAGAAUCAAAAGGGAAACAGACACUUUCCAGGAAUAUCCUUUGUGGGGACUCCCCAGCAUCCGCCUUAGAACACCAAGCUUACCUUCAAGAAGCGAAUGUUCACAACUCUGUGAAGGACAGAACUUCAACAGAGCAACUAUCUCAAGUCCCGAGGGAACUGUGGUUCUGGAGGUAGUUGAUACUGAAAUGAGAUUUUAUGAUGAGAUUGUUCCACUCGGCCGGUGAGUUUCCGAGGCUGUUUGAGGCUUGGGAUGUUAACAUGACCCAAAAGGUGAGAAGUAAUGAAGAAAUAAACUAGGUCCUAGAAAUUCUGAGCCAAAGAGGCUUUUUACUUCAAAAGACAAAUGGAGACUUUCUGUGGACCACUCUGUACUUUUCUUUAAGCUGCCCAGCCCCUAAGAUUGCAGUCUGCAGGAAGACUCUAAUGCUAGUGAAGGAUCGAAAGGUCUUUUCAAGGAAAUGAGCAGCUUUCCAAACAGAACAAUUCACUCUGAGGAAAAAAAAAAGAAAAUGGGCAUCCGUGAAACUCUCAAUGAAAAGCCCAAUGUUGGGCCCCAAGACAACUGUCACAGCGUAUUCGCUUACCCUUACUUUCAUUUAUUAGAUAUUUAUUGAGUUUCCAGUGAAAAGGUGCCAUGAUCCACAGUAGCGUAAGCAGUAGAUUUGCCUUCGUGAAGCUUCUGUUCACUCUGGGUUCCACUAAUUUACCUGAACGGUGAUUGCAUUCUGUGAAAUGCCUCUCCACAGUACAUAUGUCAUACUUUUUUGUCUGCACAUGACCCUCUUCUUCAAAGAAGGGUCCCUGCCCCAACAGCAGGGUUAGCAGGCCAACCUCAGAUGCCUGCUGCCUACUGACCUGUGGAACCUGAUCACAUCAAUAUCACUCCGGACUCAACAGUGAAGAAUUGCACGCCAGUCACGUCAGUGACCAGAUGUAUGGCUUAUGCAUUAGCAGUUUAUUUAAUUAUGUUUUAAGAGACAAAGAAGUUUGUUUGACAUACAGUUUGAUAAUCAGAAAUGGAUCUUGUAAACAGGGUCUCUAGCAAAGAUGGACCUUAUAUUGUAUAACCACUUAUGCAGUUGGAGAAUUUUAUCUGUCUGGAAAUAAACGCAUUUUGUAGCAAAAGAAA